ACCCAUUAACUAGGCGGAGCUUUAAACUGCCGACUAAAACCGAAGCUUCCAAAUCCAUCCGUUAAAACUGGUUUCCCGAUCAAAUGAACGGCCUCGAUUUCUUCUUGUCCCCUUCGCCCACCGUCGAUACAUCCACCGGAAACAACGGCGAGGAUGAUGAUUGGGGAGAGUUCGUCGUCUCUUCCGAUGCAGAUCGAAACGGUACCGAUCCGUCGCCUAAUCGCAUCGAGUCGGAGAAGAAGAGUCAGGCGAAUUAUGUUACUUCUCGUGGUCCGGUGCCACUCUCUGUAUUCGGAGAAGAAGAAGAAGAUGAUGAUGAAUCAGGUGCGUCGGUUCCAUCGUUUGGAUUCUCAUUUGAUUCGUUUUCCAGUAAACACAAUGAUGGCAACGGAUCUGUGAAUAGAGUAGUGAAUUCGAAUACGAAUCCUACUGUUGGAAUUAGUGGUUUGAUCGCAAAUCUGUAUAGAGAGAACGGACAUAGUGAUCUGAAUUUGCCAGAACGUAAUCCUACGAAUCUCGAAAUGAAUGGGAAUGAUUCUUAUAGGAAUUCAGAUGGAUUCGAUGUAGAUCUCUCGAGUUCGAAUCGUAAGAUCGAGAAUUCAGCUGUUAGCUUGGAGACUAUGAGUUGGAAUCCAUUGAAUUUGGGUACAGAGAGGUCUGAAAAGGCGAGCAAUGUGGCGAAUUCAAGUACUCUUGGGGUCACAUUGGAUCCAGAUUAUUCAGAUAUGGGCUUUGCCGAUAAAAAUGACGAUGAUCUUGAUGGUUGGGAGUUUAAGACUGCCGAGUCUAUGUUUGGAACUCCAGGUGGAAGCUAUAAGGAGGAACGAGAGAAUGCUAAAGGUGGAUCUGUUGUGGUCCAGAAUACAGCAGAUAGUUCAGGCGUUUGGAGUUCACAUACAAAUGGAACAGGUCCAAAUUUUGAUACUGGUAUAGUAGAUGCAGUUAAGUUAGUUUCUGAACGGGAAAACGGAGAUGAUGACCCUUGGGACAAUGGUGGAUGGGAGUUUAAGGUUGCUGAAGCAGGAGAGCCGAAGAAAGAUUUAACAAACAUGGAAUCUAACGGCUGGGAGUUCGGAUUUGGUUUUGAACCUGUUUCUAAAAUCGAAACAACCAACUCUUUUCAAUCAAACGAUGAGAGAGAGACGCAAAAGAUGGAAAAUGGCUCGAUUUCCUUUCCAAGCAAUGGAGAUGUGAAUUCUGGAGGAACUUCUUGGGCCUUUAAGCAGCCAUCUUUGGAAACUGGAAACGAGAAAGAGGAAAAGGAAGUGCAGACAGGCAAGCCCAAGGGAGUCUUGCCAUUGUCCUUUUUCGAGGAUGUGAAAUCGGAAACCUCUGACACUUUGGUUCAUGAAGAUAAUUUUGUUUUAGCCAGCGAUUUUCCUGUGAGAGAGAAAACUAAGGCUCCAAGUCCAACUGUGUCCAUUAGUGACUUAAUAUCAAGUUUAUACAGUCAGGUGGAGGAGAAGAAUGCUGUUAAUAUUUCAGAAAAGUCUGCAACUGAUUCUAACGUAGUAAAUAGUGACGGUGAUUCAUGGGAGUUUCAGGGCCCCAAAAAGCCCAUAACAGAUUCGGGCAUAGCAGAAGGUACUGAUGAUUUUGACAGUACUUGGGAGUUUCAAGGUCCUUCUCCAGCUUUGAAAAACUCUGAUGUUACAGAAGGUGUCGAUGAGUUUGACGAUGAUUCCUGGGAGUUUCAAGGUCCAACACAGCCUGUGAAAGAUUCCACGUCGAGGAUGGGAGAUAAUGGUUCAUGGGAAUAUACACAUAGUUCUGUGGAAAAUGAAGAUGGAAAUCGAUCCUCUUUUCCAAAUGGUUUUAGAGAAUUGCAUGAAAAUCCAGUAAUUCGGAUAGAACCUAAUGAUUACCAGGAUCUCUUUCAUAAGCUGAAGAUUGAAUUAUACCACAUUGCUCUGAACCAUCUCGAGAAAUUAAAGGAAGCUCGUGACUUGGCUGCUGAUUCUGAUGAAGUCCUUGAAGUUCAAAAAUGCGACAGUGAAAUCGAGGAUCUGCAAAACUUGCUGAACGAUGAUGUUUUGAUCAGUGGAGUCAACUUAGAAAGUCUCCAACCAAGAUCCUCUGGCAUUACUGAGCUUAUUAAAGUUAUCCAGGAGCCAAAGUUUCGACCACUUGAUUCAGAAGAUCUCCUGACAGAGAGAUUGUUAUCAGCAGAGAAGGACUGGAAAUCAACAAUCGAACUACUCAAACACGCUACGCUGACCCUGAAGAUCCUAAACUUGGGUUCACCUGAGCAACAGUCGAAAUACGCUUCAACUUGGUUUGAAAUUGCUUCGGCCUGUGCUCAAGAAUUGCGACAUGCUGCAUCCAUUUGGAAGCAGGUGAUUAAAUACGAUGUUCAAGAAGAAAUCCUAUCUAAACCUCAAGGGAAGAGCUAUGCUCUCUCAGUGGGAGAAAUUUACAGAGUAGUAAAAAUUCUGAGAGCAUCAACCAGAUUAUAUAAACCAUGGAUUUUAUUAGUUCCAACAUCAUCCAAUGUGUUGGCUGUUCUGGACGAGUGUGUGAAGUUAUGGUUGAGCUCUGGAAUAGUAGAAGCUCUGCUGAAUAGUUUCAACCGUCAAGAACUUGACCAUGACGAUUCUGCCGAUCAACUUCUAGAAUCAAUAAAGUAUAUAAACGAAGUUGACGCUUCCACGCUUCACACCUGCAUAACCUCAGCCACAUCACCCAAAUGCUACAUCUCUGGGCUAAAUACCGACAUAGUAACAGGAAUCAAGACGGUGGAGUGGAACGGAGAGCAUUACUUGCUACCACUUGCGAAUCUAUGGGCUAAUCUGAUCAGCCGCGAUCCACCGAACUUUCCUGGCCACCAUUUUCCUAUUCUCUCUUAGAAGAAAGAAGAAACCUACACUACACGCAUAACUCACCCGGCAAGCUAUUCUCACUGCAGAGCAUUUUCGACCAAAACAUAUAUCCUUCCAUACACCUAUACUUAUUUGUUUAUAAUGUUUGAUUUUGUUUUGGUGUUUGUAUUGUAAUUUAUAACGAAUGGGUUUGGUUUCAUUAAUUGAGCACAUUCCCAGGUUUUACAGAGGAUAUAUUUUUGUAUCGAAUGAAGCAAUAAGUCAGUA